GCUCAGUGUAGAGGCAGAUCAAAAAAUGGCUGCGUCGAGAUUUGUAAAUUGUUUGUUUAUAUUUUUAAUUUUUCAUUAUACAUCAGCUGUGAUCCAAAAGAGACCUGCUCUGAACGAAGACCCAGAAGAAGAUGAGGACUACACUGAUAACUAUCCAGGCAAACCGCCUCCGGAUUUUCUGGAUAGACAAGAAAAUGUCAAUACUCUACAGUAUGUACAACAGAAAGGGUUCAAGUGCCAUUCGUGUAAUCCACCCAAUUGUGAUCAUCCUACUAUUUGCCAUAACGCUGUGCAGUGCUGGAAAUCUAGAGUCAGAGAAAGCUCAGGUGAUGAAAGUGUUUCAAGAGGCUGCACAACUAAAUCAGAACAGUUGAUAUUCGUGUGCAAAACUCCAUCUUUCACUGCCCAAGGCAAACGCCAUGCCAGCGGACAGUAUCGUGUAGAUUGUUGUGAAGGUGAUUAUUGUAAUAAUGGCACCUUUCCCAACCUACCACCAGUGUUCAAAGAAGCGCCCGGUUCAUAUUCAGAGUCGUUUAUGUUUGGCUUGAAAAUGGUAGCCGCGAUUUUGGGUCCUGCAAUAGUGCUCGGAUCUAUGGGGCUACUAGUGUUAUAUUUUUUGAGGAAAAUACAUAGGAAUAGACUAUGUAAUGAGACCAGAUUGGACCCAGAACAAUAUUAUGCCACAGAUGAACUGUUAAGAGCCACCGCCGCUGGUGAUAGCACAUUAAGAGAAUAUUUGGAACAUUCAAUGACAUCGGGAAGUGGUUCGGGACUGCCUCUAUUGAUUCAACGCACUAUGGCUAAACAAAUUUCCCUUGUGGAGUGUAUAGGCAAAGGCAGAUACGGAGAAGUGUGGAGAGGCGUUUGGCACGGUGAAAAUGUGGCGGUGAAAAUAUUUUUUUCCAGAGAUGAAGCCAGUUGGAAUAGGGAAACUGAGAUUUAUAGUACAAUAUUACUCCGUCACGAAAACAUCUUGGGCUACAUCGGUUCCGAUAUGACAUCGAGAAACUCAUGUACCCAACUCUGGCUUAUCACUCACUAUCACUCGUUGGGAAGUUUGUACGAUUAUUUAAACCACACCACUCUGAGCCACGCACAAAUGAUAAUGGUAUGUUUAUCCAUUGCUAACGGCUUGGUACAUUUACACACGGAAAUUUUUGGGAUGCAAGGCAAGCCUGCUAUAGCUCACCGAGACAUUAAGUCAAAAAACAUUCUGGUGAAAAGCAACGGGACUUGUUGCAUAGCCGAUUUCGGAUUGGCAGUGACUCACACUCAAACCACUGAUAAGCUUGACAUUGGUUCUAAUCCUAGGGUUGGUACCAAAAGAUAUAUGGCCCCAGAAGUUUUGGAUGAAACGAUACGUAUGGAUUGUUUCAAUUCCUUCCGCAAGUCUGAUAUUUACGCUUUCGGUCUAGUGCUGUGGGAAAUUUGCAGGCGAACAAUCAGUAAUGGUAUUGUGGAAGACUACAAACCGCCAUUUUCUGAUGUGGUACCGAGCGAUCCUAGUUUCGAAGAUAUGAGAAAAGUGGUGUGCGACGAUCAGCAAAGGCCCAUUGUACCCAAUAGGUGGACCAGUGAUUCGGUUCUGAGCGGUAUGGCGAAAAUAAUGCGAGAAUGCUGGCACCAGAACCCCAACGUCCGUCUUCCCGCUCUCAGAAUCAAAAAAUCCCUCGUCAAAUUAGCCAAUUCGGACAACUUGAUCAUACUAGAAGAUGUCGAGGUGUGCGUCUGAUUGCAAACAAUAAGAGGUAAACAAAAAUCGGUAUCUAUGGUCUUAGGUUUCGUGUACUUAGACUGUGAAUUAAAAAAAAAAUGUAAGGCCAUAAUAUACAUAUACUAAACUAAGGCUAUUUUUUUAAGCAACAAAAAAACUGAUCUUAAGUUAAGUGCCAUUUAUGCAUUUUUCUAGAUAAUAAGAUAUCUAAAUUAGGAUAAUUUUGGUUUAAGUUUUUUCUAAAGUGCCAGGUUAAUUUUUAUGUCUAUUGUGGAAUUACAAUUUUCCCAUAUCAAAAUGGCUUCAUAAAGAAGCAGAAUGAUAAGUAUUUGAUUUUUACAAUUGCUUCUUAUAAAAUCAAGACUAAUUAGUUCUAGAACUGAUAUAUGAAAAAAAUUAAUGAAAACUUAUAAAGUACAGGGUGUACUGACUAAUCUAAAUAUUAUUAGCCCAUUCAAAAUUCAAAUAAACAAUAAAUAUCAAGCUAGAAAAAUAUUUUGUUUGAAAAAACUGCUUUUAUUUUGAAGAAAAUACAUUGUUCAAAACAAUAUAAUUUUUUUUAUUAAUAAAGGCCCCAAAAUCUCACUUCACAUGACGUGCAGAAAAUUAUGUUACACAAAUCAAUAGUUUUUAGUUGUUUUGCAUCUUUACCUAAUGCUCAGAAUCUCAUCAUUUUGAAAUUUAGUCAGAUUUUUUAGGCUUUAUAAACUUGAAAAACUUAGAAUUUUUCAACGUCUCAAGAGUUCAGAAGUCUUAAAUUAGCAGAGGGUUAAAAAUUGCAUUUAACAACUUUUUAAAAAUUGGCACUGACUUGAAAAUAUUGCAACAUCCUGUACAAGAAAUCCACAAUAGACAGUGUGAUUGUUGAUUUUUGAAACAUUUAGCUUUAAUUUCUUUUAAGUAAUUUGUUCCAUUAGGACAUUAAGUUGAUGUUAUUAAUUCUGAUUACUUAUUGUUUGUGUAUGGAAAAUUUCGCAAUACAAUGUUGACAAAUUAUUUAAAAUUUAUGCCAUAUUUUUAUUCUUGACUUUUGAAAUUCAAAAGAAAAGGGAUUUAUUAACAUAUCAAUGUAUAUUUUUAGCACAUCGUUUUGUUAUGUUAGAUGAUAAGUUGCUCAUUAAUCUUGCAAUAAGAAAAUUAAGUUUGUUGAAUUUUUCUUUUGGAAAAAAAUUGUUGAUUUUUUUAUGUCAGCAAAGUAAUGCGAAAUUUGAUUGAUUGACAAAGAUUUGUCUACUUAUUUUAGAUUUAAGGUAUGUAAAUACAAUUGUAUUUGUCACAAAAAAAAAUGAUUUCAGGUGCCAAACUAGAUUAAGAUUUCUUUGAUGCCAUUUUAUAUUGUUUGUAGAUUUUAAGUCGUCGCAUUUUGAUAGUGGAAUUAUUUGUUUCAAGCCUGGAAUAGUUUUGUAUGGUUUCUGAAACAAUCCUUUUCCAUGAUAAUCACAUUUGAUGACCAUUUAAUUUUCAAUUAUUUUACAAUAAACUUGAGAAACCACAGAAAAAUAUUCUAGGGGUUCACAACUUACCCAAGAGCUGGAAAUUUUUUGAACUUCUUCAAACUUUUAUUUAAAUUCUAUACAGUUAAGACAAUCAUGUAUUAAUUAUUUGGUGUGCUUUGAUGUCUCUUCUUAUAACUAUCAGAUUUUAAGCAAUCGUCUUGUUGUUAAUAUUUUUUUUGAAAAUCAGGAAAAUUUUUGAAACUUUUGGAAUGAAAAAAGGAAAAUUAGGAGCUCAUUAAAAAAUCAAUUUGAGAAACUGUCAUUGGAAAAAUUUUGGAAUUUGUAGAGUGAAAAGAGGAAGCUUAUAGGUUCAUUAAGCAAAAGUUUCAAAUUUAUCAAGUAAAAAACAAAGAUUUGAGAAAUUCUUGAAAAUCAACUUUGAAAAACUUGGAUCAAUUACAACCCCGCACUCUCCAAUGAUUUUCUGAGAAAUUAUUUUUGAGAAAAUUUUGAAACUUUUGAGCAAAUUUAUUACAAAAAUAUAUUUAAACAAUUCUCACGACGAUUGCUUAUUUAGUUCUUAAAUAUAAACCAAUUUAUGUAUUAUGUAAUUUCCUCCUGUUACUACAUUAUAGUAAGUUACAAUCACAAAAUACUCAAAUUUUAGUCCCUAAACUCGUAAAAAACAGUUCAAAUCAAAAAAACAAGUAAUAUUUAU